GGAGCGCGAGAGCCAGAGAGCGGGCGGCAGAGGGAGGAAGGCACUCGCACGCCGAGGCUCGGGCACCAGAAUUCCAUUAGAAAAAAGUGAGCCGGCCAAGGGGUAGCGAAAGAAGGUUUUCGGAAUCUUUCCUUCGUCUUGGAGAGAAAGAAGCGACUCCAGGCUCUCGUCCUCCAAGCUCUCGCUGGAUUGCUCCCUGGCGCUGCCCCCAUCGGUGGAUUGCUUCCUAUUUGCCUUUUUUUUUUUCUGACCCCCAUCCUCGCCGAUUCCUUCCAGCCCUCCACAGUCCCACCACCUCUCCCCCCACCUCCUCCGGCCCCUCCAGAGGCGCACAGGGGAUCGGACCCACGGGGACCCGCGCCUCCCGGACCAGCAGAGGGACGGCAGACCUCAGGAUCGCUGUCGGCUGGGAAGCAGACCGCCACAGAUAUACCUGUGCAUUUGAUUUUAGUGGGCAAGGGGGCUUCGAGAGGUGCCCACCGCCCUCCUUUCCCCACCCGCUCCAGCCAGAGGCGAAAAUCGCAGGACUCAGGAUAUUCAUCGGGUGGACUAGCUGGGAUCUCCGCAUUGGAUUUGGGGCUGAUUAUCACUGCUUGGCUAUUAUUAUUGUUAUUUUUAUUUUACCUAAGGGAGAAAGACAAAAAAAAAAAACACCCAAAAACCAAAAACCUGUGGGAUUUAUUUAACAUGAUCUUGGCAAACGCCUUCUGCCUCUUCUUCUUUCUAGAGGAGACCCUCCGCUCUUUGGCCAGCCCUUCCUCCCUGCAGGGCCCCGAGCUGCACGGCUGGCGCCCCCCGGUGGAUUGUGUCCGGGCCAAUGAGCUGUGUGCCGCCGAAUCCAACUGUAGCUCCCGCUACCGCACGCUGCGGCAGUGCCUGGCUGGCCGGGACCGCAACACCAUGCUGGCCAACAAGGAGUGCCAGGCGGCCCUGGAGGUCCUGCAGGAGAGCCCGCUGUACGACUGCCGCUGCAAGCGGGGGAUGAAGAAGGAGCUGCAGUGCCUGCAGAUCUACUGGAGCAUUCACCUGGGGCUGACAGAGGGUGAGGAGUUUUACGAGGCCUCGCCCUACGAGCCGGUGACCUCGCGCCUCUCAGACAUCUUCAGGCUUGCUUCAAUCUUCUCAGGGACAGGGGCGGACCCAGCGGUCAGCGCCAAGAGCAACCACUGCCUGGACGCCGCCAAGGCAUGCAACCUGAAUGAAAACUGCAAGAAGCUGCGCUCCUCUUACAUCUCCAUCUGCAACCGCGAGAUCUGUAACCGCCGCAAGUGCCACAAGGCCCUGCGUCAGUUCUUCGACCGGGUGCCCAGCGAGUACACCUACCGCAUGCUCUUCUGCUCCUGCCAGGACCCAGGGUGUGCCGAGCGCCGCCGGCAGACCAUCCUGCCCAGCUGCUCCUACGAGGACAAGGACAAACCCAACUGCCUGGACCUGCGCAGCGUGUGCCGCACUGACCACCUGUGCCGGUCUCGGCUGGCGGACUUCCAUGCCAAUUGUCGUGCCUCCUACCAGACGCUCACCAGCUGCCCUGCCGACAAUUACCAGGCGUGUCUGGGCUCCUAUGCUGGCAUGAUUGGGUUUGACAUGACACCCAACUAUGUGGACUCCAGCCUCACUGGCAUCGUGGUGUCCCCAUGGUGCAGCUGUCGCGGGAGUGGGAACAUGGAGGAGGAGUGUGAGAAGUUCCUCAGAGACUUCACUGAGAACCCCUGCCUUCUGCUUUCUCUCCCACAGGAGCAGGGGCUGAAGGCCAAUAGCUCUAAAGAGCUAAGCAUGUGCUUCACAGAGCUCACGACCAACAUCAUCCCAGGGAGUAACAAGGUGAUAAGACCUAACUCAGGCUCCCGCAGAGCCAGAUCUUCAGCCACCUUGACCGCUGUUUCCUUCCUAAUACUGAAGCUGGCCUUGUAGGCUCUGGGCACCGUGUUGAGAUUUCUGAAAGCUAUGCGGACGAGAGCACCCGCCUGACGAAAUGGAAACACACACACACACACACACACACACACCCACCCACACACACACACCUUGCAAAAAAAGAUUUUUCCCACCUUGUCUCUGAACCUGUUUGCUCCCAGGUUUCUUCUCUGGAGAAGUUUUUCUAAACCAAACAGACAGUAGGCGGGCAGCCUGAGAACCACCUGGAGGUCCCCUGGUAAGGGCACCCCAGGGCCAAGGCGGGCACGAGGGUCAUGCCCUGCACUUUCUUCUGGUAUUUUCCUCUCUGGACCCUGCUGCCGGAAGAGACCAAGAUGAGACCCCUGUGACCCAAGGGACUUGUGGCUGUGCCUGAUGUGGUCUGGGGCAGGACAGUGGCCGCUGCUGUUAUCAAACUGCCCACUUCGGGGACCUGCUAGGGGCUGGCAGGGGGCCACAGGUGGUGGAGCAGGGAGGCUGGCUCUUGGGGUCCAGUUGGGCACCUUUAGCACCUCCACUUGGCUUCAAGGGUGGAGUUUAUUUUGCCCUCCCUCUUGGGCCGGGCAGAUCUGCGCCUGGCCUGUGGAGGGCUGUGACACUGAGGUCCCUCCUCUCCCACUGUAGCACAGGGGGCUGGGCAGCUCCAGGGGCCGGGGAGCUCAGCCCACCUGGGAGACCUUUGCGGGCAGAGGGAGCAAAACUCGGGCUCUGCUCUGAGCUGCUGCUUCCGCCUUGGCAGGAAUUUUGAAAUCAAAGAGAAAUGAUUCUUUGUUGGCUCUUUUGUGUUUUCGUGGGUCCAUUUGGAGGGUCUCCCUUUGGAGAGAGGGGCUGCGGAGAGGGGCAGAGAAGACUACGGGGAGAUGUCCUUGGUCUCUGCAGCUCUCUCUCCCCUCUUCCACCUUCUGUUUCCUCAUUUCCGAGAUGUACACCAACUGUAUGUACACGACAUGUUUCCCUGCUCAACAUAUAUGUAUAUACACAUCCAUAUACAUAUAUUGUGUGGUUCCCCUUUCUUUCCUUUUUUUAAGAAACAAAACUAUCGAAAUAAUACCCCCACAGAUGAGCGAAAUGUAUUAUUGUAAAGUUUAUUUUUUUUAUGACGUUGUCUAUAAUGGGAUAAAAGGAGAUUGACUUGCUGUGUCCCGGCCUGUCGGGCUGCCAGGCCGUAAAUGAGGGCUUCUGAUCGUACUCACGCUGAGCCCAGGCUCCAAUAAACGUCCUAGGAAGCAGCUUGUUUUCUGCCUCA